AUGCCCGCUUGGACCGUUGCCGGGCGCAGCAAUAGUUCCUACUCUUCAUCUCAGAUUGUGUUAGCUCCUGCCGAGGAUGCAGGGACCCUGCUUUCACUGUAUAGCACUCACGAUGGACCAAAAAACAUGUUUCUUGACUCUCUCGCCUUUCCCAGCUAUGCUGCCGCUUGGUCAAUAAUUGCACUACUCCUUCAACUUGGUUUGCAGAGGCUUUUUGCCAAACUUGGUGCUACGCGAUCGGCCCCCAGCCGUGAGGGCGCGAAUGAGGCUGAAGUCGCCAGGGUGGGCAUUGGGGCAUCGUCGAUAGUCUCACAACCCGGUGAUCGACUCCGACUUGCCCUCAACAUCGUCCGGUUCCUGGCUUGUUUAGCUUUGUUCGGCAUGUCUGCAUUCUCAGCAUAUUCAGCCAGCCGGAAAGAAGACCUUGUGACGUCUGGUCCUUGGUUGCAUCUUGGACUAUGUGGGACAUAUGCAUAUGCAUCAAUCCUCGCCCUUGUGCCAGUACUCAUGCGGUCCGCCCCUCCUCUCUUCGUCUCAUGGCACCGCGCACUUGUCCUUCUGUCUGCAUGGGUAACUUAUAUCUACCGCGACAUCUGGCCUCUCGGAACGUCCACGUUGUCACCUCUUGACACUGCCGAAGGCGUGUUUCUCUGGGGAAAAUUGACUUCGCUGACCAUUGCGGCUGUUCUUGUUCCUCUUAUUGCUCCACGGCGUUAUGUUCCUCUUGAUCCCAAGAAUCCUUCACCUCCUGCACCCGAACAGACCGCAUCAAUUUUGUCGCUUCUUCUGUAUUCGUUCUUGGACAAAACAGUAUUUGAAGCGUAUCGCAUGUCGCAUUAUCCUUUUGAACGCCUCCCGCCCCUCGCCGAUCACGACAGCGCACUGAAUCUCGUCAAGAACAGUUUCCCGGAGCUAGAUCCAUUACAGACGAAGAAGGAUAGGCACAUCUUUUGGGGACUACUUAAGGUCUUCCGAACUGAUAUUACCGCUAUGGUUAUUGCGUUGUUGACGCAAAUGUUCUCACGAUUUGCAGCUCCAUUGGGGAUCAAAAAUUUACUCGCUUAUGUUGAAUCCCGAGAUCAAGACACCUUCGUUCGACCAUGGGUUUGGAUCCUAUUUCUGCUCAUUGGUCCAGCGCUGUUCGUCAUUUUCGAAUCGAUGUACACUUUCCUUUGGACGCGCAUGCUCGUACGCCUGGAAGCUGUUAUCACGCAGCUGGUAUUCGAACACGCGUUGCGGAUGCGCGUGAAAGCAGACGUGUCGGAUACACCUACCACAGUCACGACAACGCCUGAUUCAGCUUCGGUCGCUGAGAUUGAUGGCGUCGGACUGACACCAACAGAGGGACAAUCGACUUCUAGCACGCUCGCCGCUGACGCUGACUCCAAAAUGGGUAAGCAAAAAGACAAGGACGAUGCUCAACCUCGAACGAAGCAAUCAUCUUCCGAGCGCGACAAAGAUGACAACGGCGGGGAGAAAAGCAAGAAUGUGGCUGGGAGAAUCAACAACCUCAUCACUACUGACUUGGCUGCUCUUGCCCUCGGACAGGUUGCUUUGUAUCUGGUUGUUCGGAUUCCUCUGGAGCUUGCACUGUGUGUAUGGUUUUUGUACACAAUUCUAGGUGUGAGUGCAUUUGCAGGAAUGGCUGUGAUUGUCAUCGCGUUCCCAGUUCCUGGUGCCGUCGCAAGUAAAAUACGUAAAGUAGAGGCUGCAAAAAUGCAAAAGACCGAUGCACGAGUACAGAGCGUCACUGAAUCGUUGGGUGUUAUCCGAAUGAUCAAACUUUUCGGGUGGGAACCACGGCUUACGCAGCAAUUAACGGAGAAACGCGAGGCCGAAUUGAAGCUAGUAAAGUGGGCACAGCUGUGGAAUGUAAUUAACAACGAUUUGAACUAUACCAUACCCUUAUUGACUAUGGUUGUUACCUUCGUGACUUAUACAAUUGUCAUGAAGCAGAAGCUUUCGGCUUCAAUUGUAUUCUCGUCGAUGACUGUGUUUGAUAUGUUUAGCAAUCAGCUACGCAUGAUCUUCACCUUUGUUCCCGAUGUCAUGCGCACGAGAGUGGCGCUUGAUCGUAUCAAUGAAUUCAUGCAGAAGACAGAACUCCUAGAUCAAUUCACAGAGAGGUCUUCAAUCAUGGCCGAACUUAUUCAGUCCAAUGCUGUCGAAGAUAGCGAGUUCAUCGGAUUUCGAAACGCGUGGUUCACAUGGACCGAUGAAACGAAUAACACAUCUACUCCCGCAGCACCUCGGAGGAAAUUCACCCUUCGUAUCGAAGAUGAGCUACGCUUUCAGCGUGGAUCUAUCAAUAUCAUUGUCGGACCAACGGGAUCCGGCAAGACAUCACUGCUGAUGGCACUGUUGGGUGAAAUGCACUACAUGCCUUCGGGUCCAGACUCACUCUACAAUCUUCCUCGAGAACGUGGGGUCGCAUUCGCCGCGCAGGAGUCAUGGAUACAGAAUGAAACGAUCCGGGACAACAUCUUGUUUGGUUCGCCUUACGAUGAAGAGCGGCUCAAUAAAGUCCUCGAUCAGUGUGGUUUGAAGCAGGACCUUGAAUUAUUUGAAGCUGGAGAUCUUACAGAGUCGAAGUUGGACUCACCGCUCGUAACUAGUGGUGGCCAGAAGGCUCGUGUAACCCUCGCCCGCGCAGUAUACUCGUCAGCAGAGAUCCUCAUUCUUGAUGAUGUUUUAGCAGCUCUCGACGUCCACACAGCCCGAUGGAUUGUUGAAAAAUGCUUCAAGGGCGAUCUAAUUCGAGGUCGGACCGUACUCCUCGUCACGCACAAUGUGGCCAUGGCGAGUCCGAUAUCGGAUUUCGUAGUCUCCGUUGCUGGAGGGCGGAUAUCUAGCCAAGGCACCCUAUCUAGUGCUCUAGAAAAAGACAAAACGCUUGCCGCCGAACUUGCUAACGAAAAUGAAAUCAUUGGGAAGGUAGAACAGAAUAUCAAGCAGACCGAAGAAGAAUUAGCCAAGACUGCUGCGGGGAAGCUUAUCGUGGAGGAAGAAAUAUCAGAAGGGCAUGUCAGUUGGGCAGCCAUGAAAUUGUACCUGGGCAGUCUAGGUGGUGAAGAUCGAGUCUUGUUCUGGGUAACCUGUGCGGUUGCCCUCGCCAUAACUGAGGUGACCGAUGGUCUUCAAGUUUGGUUCCUUGGUUAUUGGGCAAGGCAGUACGAAGAAAGGAACUCAUCAGAAGUCAGUGUCCCGUUCUAUGUAUCUAUCUACUCUGCCAUCACUGUGGUAUCGGCAUUGGGCUUCUUCACAUGGUCAACAGUAUUCGUUCUCGGUACAUUGCGAGCGUCGAGACAGAUUCAUAAGGAGUUGAUCUCUUCUCUCUUUGGUACAACGUUAAGGUGGCUUGACAGGACACCUACCUCCCGUGUUCUGACCAGAUGUACCCAAGAUAUUGAUGCCAUCGAUGGGGUUCUCUCUAGAUGCCUCAGUGCUCUAUUGAACACAUCAGCGACUAUGUCUGUCAGGCUUGCUGCUGUGGUUAUCUCAUCUCCGGUCUUCGUUUUCCCGGGAAUCAUCAUCGCCACGGUAGGUAGAUGGAUAGGUCAAAUCUAUAUGAAAGCGCAACUCUCUGUCAAACGGGAACGGAGCAAUGCACGUGCUCCAGUUUUGGGCCAUUUCGGCGCCGCAUUCGCAGGCCUUGUGUCCAUUCGGGCCUAUGGCGCACAGGAUCACUUCAGGAAAGGAUCCAGAACACGUAUCGACAAGUAUACACGGGCUUCCAUCACGUUCUAUAACCUGAAUCGAUGGAUUGCUAUUCGCAUUGAUAUGCUUGCUGCGGUGUUCACUUCCACUCUUGCGGCAUAUCUAGUAUACGGUGGAUCGACCGCUUCCAAAACCGGUUUCGCCUUGAAUAUGGCAGCCAGCUUUGGCGGUAUGAUAUUAUUCUGGAUCAGAAUCUACAACAGGUUCGAAGUUUAUGGCAACAGCCUUGAGCGUAUCCAACAAUACAUAGAAAUUGAGCAAGAGCCAAAGCCAACGGAAAGCGGCGCCCCACCCGCUUACUGGCCUGCGAGUGGCGAUCUAAGAGUAGAGAAUUUGUCUGCGCGCUACUCUUCAGAUGGUCCCCGAGUCCUGGAGGAUGUAUCUUUCGAGAUAAAGUCUGGAGAACGCGUGGGAAUCGUUGGACGCACAGGAAGUGGGAAGAGUUCCUUGACACUGGCCCUUCUGCGAUGUAUUGUCACCGAAGGCAAAGUAUAUUACGAUGGGAUCCCAACCGAUAGCCUCAAUUUGGACGCUCUCAGAUCACAUAUCACCAUCAUUCCCCAAGUGCCAGAACUCCUGAGUGGUACAUUGCGUCAGAACUUAGAUCCUUUCGAGCAAUACGAUGACAUAGUGCUGAACGAUGCUCUACGCUCCGCGGGUCUAUUCGCGCUGCAAAGUGACACAGAAGAAGGCUGUAUCAACCUGGACAGUCAAAUCUCUAACGGAGGAGGUAAUCUGUCCGUUGGCCAGAGACAGAUUCUCGCAUUGGCUAGAGCGAUCGUACGGCAGAGCAAGCUGUUGAUUCUGGACGAGGCAACGUCGGCUAUUGAUUAUGCGACAGACGCCAUCAUCCAAGAAUCUUUGCGGAAAGAGUUGAACAAUGGCGUCACGCUUCUCACCGUAGCGCAUCGUUUGCAGACAAUCAUGGACGCCGAUAGAAUUAUGGUUCUUGACGCGGGUCGCAUUGUUGAGUUUGGCAAGCCAUAUGAACUACUCCAAAAAGAGGCGGGCAGACUUCGUGCGCUCGUGGAUGAGAGCGGCGACAAGGACAGGCUCUACGCCAUGGCUUCCGAGUCCAGUUCUCCUGCAGUACUGUAG